AUGUUCACAAUGGUUAAUGAUAUUAUACGACAAGCUAGGAACAAAGCGCAACGGGUUCUAAUUUACUCAGAGAAUGGUCUGGCCGCGUGCCAAGCCUUCGCUCUCGCUUACAAUAUUCAUUAUUACCAUUUGGAUCUGCAUCAUGCGUUAUGCAAUUUCGAAAGGCUCAACUUCAAAAUCGAAAUCAAUGACUACUUGAGAGAUGUGCUGGUCAAAUGGGCGGCGUCUUGUGAAGAGAAUAGGAUUGUACUCUCAGUGAUAAUAGCAAAUUUAAGGGAGUCGGAAGCCGAGUUCGCUUUGAUA